AGGCUGGUCUUGCUUUCGAUAAUUUUUAUUAUUUGCUUCGACGCUCUUUUAUUUACGACUCUUACGACGCCGUCGCUAUCAGCCCGAUUCACUUGAAAACGAAACGAAGACGAAUUUAAACGGACGUAUUCGAUAUUAAUCAGACAAGAUGCCUUCCUUCAAGAAGACUAUGGGUGUUAUGGCGGGAUUGGCUGCUGUUGCUUGUGCUCUACCGGCCCAACCGAAGUUGACCAUAAAGCAAAGCGAAAUCUAUAGCCUCGCUAAACGACAAAAUGCGGCUGCUGCUGCCCUUGGCCUAGCAGAUGUCGAUAUCUUGCAAUUUGCCCUGACCCUGGAGUGGCUUGAGACUACUUUUUACCAGCAGGGUUUUGCCAAGUUCAGCGACGACCAGUUUGUCGCCCUGGGCUUGAGCGCUACACAGCUAAGCGAUCUUAAGAGCAUUGGUGCUAGCGAAGCGUCCCAUGUCGGUCUGCUGCAAAGUUCUAUUGCACAGGCUGGUGUCCAACCUGUCCAGCCCUGCGAGUACAACUUUGGCUUUACUGAUGCCGCGGGUAUGGUUGCUACUGCAUCCAUCCUCGAGAGUGUUGGUAUUUCUGCCUACCUUGGUGCUGCGCCCCUUGUGUCGGAUACCAAGAUCCUCAGCACUGCUGCGUCUAUCCUUACUAUCGAGGCUAGGCACCAGUCUUUUGUUCGCAUCGCUUCAGGAGUCGCUGCCUCCCCUUCUCCUUUUGACACUCCCCUGGGACCCAAAGCCGUCUUCUCCUUGGCUGCCCCAUUCAUCAAGUCAUGCCCUGCCGGCUCAAACUUGGUCCUAACCGCCUUCCCUACUCUAACAAUGACCACUCCUGCUCCGGAAGCCGGUAUCAUGGCCCUCGCACAGGGAACCAUGCUGAACUUCCAAAGCGACGCCGCAUCCGGAGCCAAAUUCUGCGGUUUCACCAACUCCGCUGCUCCAGGUGGUACUGCCUUCGCCGCUUUCGACCCUGCUCAGGGUUGUGCUCUCCCGCCCAACCUAGCUGGCACUGUCUAUGUCACUCUCACCAGCGCUGCCGCCGCCGACGGUGUUAUAACUGACGACAUCACACUCGCUGGACCGAUGGUCAUGAACCUCAGCUAAACGUGUCGAUACGGGGGGUUUGUAAAUAGGAAGUUCCAUCUAAUAUUGCAUCAGUAUGUGGUGCAAGACUUAAUGCUCUUUUAGUGAGGGCCUGAAAGGGUCGGGGAAAAGAAAACAGGCACAGCGGGACAAACGGGCGGGGGGUGUCGGUAGCUCGCACAGUACCGUACCACCAGCUUAGACAAUAUAUCUCGUUUGCGUCAUUGUCGGCAUGCAGCCCGCGCCCCGUUUGUAUGUAGUAUUCAUGUCACGA